UACAGAAAAUAAAAAAUGCAGCUUCCAGUCAGUGGCUUCUUGCUUCCCUUCAGCCUUCUAGCUCUCAUUUUUCCAGUGGCUAUCAGUGGUCCUCUUGUUCCUGCACUCUGCAUCUUCGGGGACUCGGUCGUCGACGUCGGAAAUAACAACAAUCUUCUAACAGUUGUCAAGGCUAACUUUCCUCCUUACGGAAGAGACUUUGUUACUCACACACCAACAGGAAGGUUUUGCAAUGGCAAGCUUGCCACUGAUUUUACUGCUGAAUUCCUUGGAUUUUCUUCAUAUCCUCCUGCAUAUUUGAGUCAAGAUGCCACUGGAAACAAGCUUUUAACAGGAGCCAACUUUGCUUCUGCUGCUUCUGGCUUUUAUGAUGGCACAGCUCAGCUAUAUCAUGCAGUUUCAUUAACCCAGCAGUUGAAUUAUUACAAGGAAUAUCAAAGCAAAGUUGUAAACAUGGUGGGAACAGAGAAAGGCAAUACUAUAUUCUCUGGUGCAAUUCACCUUCUUAGUGCAGGCAGCAGUGAUUUCAUUCAGAAUUACUAUGUUAAUCCUCUUCUUUACAGAACAUACUCACCCCAGCAAUUCUCUGACAUUCUCAUUACAUCUUUCUCAAGCUUCAUUCAGAACCUAUAUGGACUGGGAGCAAGGAGAAUUGGGGUGACAGGAUUACCUCCAUUGGGUUGCUUGCCAGCAGCUAUCACCCUCUUUGGUUCUGGUAGCAACCAAUGCAUCCAAAGGUUAAAUCAAGAUGCCAUUGCAUUCAACACUAAGCUGCAAAGCACAUCUCAGAGUUUGCAGAACAGAUUCUCUGAUCUCAAGCUUGUUGCCUUUGAUAUUUAUCAACCUCUCUUGGAUAUGGUCUCAAAGCCUGCAGAAAAUGGGUUUUUCGAGUCAAGAAGGGCUUGCUGUGGAACAGGAACAGUAGAGACCUCCUUCCUUUGCAACAGUAGAUCAAUUGGAACAUGCUCAAAUGCCACUGGCUACGUUUUCUGGGACGGUUUUCAUCCAACUGAAGCCGCAAAUCAAGUCUUGGCCGGGGAUUUACUUACUCAGGGAUUCAGCCUCAUCUGAAAGUGUUGCUAUUACAAGAUACUGGCAAUUCUUCUGCUACACAUUUUAUCAAACACCUUGCGUUCGUUCCAUGUUAACCCUUAUCAAACAGUUCAUUUGUGUGUUGAAAUGCUUUGAUAGUUGAACUCAAAUCCUAUAUUGGAUCUUAUAGCACAAAAGAUCAAGUUUAGUCUGUCAAGUAUGAGGAUGAUUUAAGUUUUUGAACAAUGGAUGAUGCUUUUGGGAGACAUCAACAACUUGAAAUCAUUUAUCACACUCACUCUUGCC